UCAUUCAAAAUGCGGCAACUCAGUGCAUUGAAACUCCUGGGCAACGGACCGUUGUGUUUGCGCGUGCGCGUUCGCGCGUGUGUGUGUGUGUGUGCGUGUAGCAGGGAAACGUCACAGUUCACCGAGCGAGCUGCGGGAGCGCGCCGCACUUCCUCUUUCGAAGGACUCGCUGAGCGAAAAGACGAGAGGAAAAUAAAGAGCAGCUUCCCCCGCAAUAAAGAAACAGCACAACUUGCAGGACGAGCAGGUGUCUUUGGUGCUCGGCAACAUGGCUCCUUUCUUGAGGAUCGCCUUCAACUCGUACGACAUGGGCGUGAUGUCUCCUCUCGUUGACCCGCCUUUCUGUGCAAUCAAGAUGAAGGAGGCCUUGACAACUGAACGGGGUAAGACCCUGGUUCAGCGCAAGCCCACCAUGUAUCCGGCGUGGAAGGCCAGUUUCGAUGCCCACAUAUAUGAGGGUCGUGUGCUAGAGGUGCUGCUGAUGAAGACAGCCGAGGAGCCGCUGGCUGAGGUCACUGUCGGUGUGUCCGUCCUCGCUGAGCGUUGCAAGAAGGCCAACGGGCGUGCUGAGUUCUGGGUGGAUCUCCAUCCUUCUGGGAAAGUGAUGAUGGCUGUGCAGUAUUUUCUGGAAGGAGUGGAUACAGAGAGUAACCAGGCUACCAAGGAGAUGGAGGAGGGGGCUCCUAACCUGAACCGUAGACGGGGGGCCAUCAAACAAGCCAAGAUCCACGUCAUAAAGAACCACGAGUUCAUUGCCACGUUCUUCAGGCAGCCGACUUUCUGCUCCGUCUGCAGAGAAUUUGUCUGGGGACUCAACAAGCAAGGCUAUAAAUGCAGGCAAUGCAAUGCAGCCAUCCACAAGAAGUGCAUAGACAAAAUCAUCGGCAGAUGUACUGGUACUGCUGCCAACAGUCGCGAUACUGUGUUCCAGAAGGAGCGUUUUAAAAUUGACAUGCCGCACCGUUUUAAGAACCACAACUACAUGAGUCCAACCUUCUGCGACCACUGUGGAAGUCUGCUGUGGGGUCUUGUCAAACAAGGCCUAAAGUGUGAAGAUUGCGCCAUGAAUGUCCAUCACAAGUGUCAGGAUAAAGUAGCCAACCUUUGUGGUAUUAACCAGAAACUACUAGCUGAAGCACUCACACAAGUCACCCAGAAAUCGUCCACCCGCCGCUCAGAUCCCAACCUGCCUGAUAUGCCCGAUAUUGGAAUCUACGAUGAAGUUAACAAGAUCGCCGGACUGGAAAUUGCAGAUGCUUCUCCCUAUGGCAGACUGUGGGAGGGGGCCAACUCUCGACCUCAUUCUCGCAUCACCCAUUCGACCCACAUCAACGUGGACCACUUUGUCUUCCACAAGGUUUUGGGAAAAGGCAGCUUCGGCAAGGUUCUCCUGGCCGAGCUGAAGGGUCGUGGUGAGUACUUUGCAGUGAAGGCUUUGAAGAAAGACGUGGUGCUGAUGGAUGACGACGUGGAGUGCACCAUGGUAGAGAAGAGGGUCUUGGCUUUAGCCUGGGAAAACCCCUUUCUCACACACCUUUACUCCACCUUCCAUACCAAGGAGCAUCUGUUCUUUGUGAUGGAGUAUCUGAACGGAGGAGACCUGAUGUUUCAUAUUCAGGAGAAAGGCCGUUUUGAACUUAACAGAACCACGUUCUACUCCGCCGAGAUAAUUUGUGGUCUCCAGUUCUUGCAUACCAAAGGGAUUAUCUACAGAGAUCUCAAGUUAGACAAUGUAAUGCUGGACCAUGAGGGGCACAUAAAGAUAGCCGACUUUGGUAUGUGCAAGGAGAACGUGUUCGGAGAGAAUCGUGCCACAACUUUCUGCGGUACUCCUGACUAUAUUGCUCCAGAGAUCCUGUUGGGUCAGAAAUACUCAUUUUCCGUUGACUGGUGGUCAUUUGGGGUGUUGCUGUACGAAAUGUUGAUUGGUCAGUCGCCUUUCCAUGGAGAUGAUGAGGAUGAGCUAUUUGAGUCCAUCCGCAUGGAUACUCCCCACUAUCCCCGCUGGAUCAACAAGGAGGCCGAGGACCUGCUUGAGCGGUUGUUCGAGAGGGACCCAACUCGCAGGCUAGGGAUCGUGGGUAACAUUCGUUCACACCCGAUGUUCAACAACAUCAACUGGCAGGCCUUGGAGAGGAGAGAGAUCGAACCCCCCUUCAAACCCAAAGUGAAAUCACCAAAUGACUGUAGCAACUUUGAUCGGGAGUUCCUCAGCGAGAAGCCUCGUCUCUCCCACAGCGAUAAGAACUUCAUAGACUCCAUGGAUCAGGCGGCAUUCGCUGGCUUUUCGUUCAUCAACCCUACGAUGGAGCGCCUUUUAGAAAAGUGAGCCGUCCUGAGCUGGGUUACAUCUCUACUGCUUACGGACAGUUUCCUUUUUCCGUUACAUUCUCAUACUUACAAAAAAGUGAGUUGUUCCACAAUCAGUAUUUGUGUGUCCUUAUUUCAAGCAGAAACUAUUCCCCUUGGGUACAUGUAGAAAUGGUAAGAUUAAAAAAGGGCCCAUGUACUGUAGAUAUUGACGUCAUUGUGUUUGUGUGCAUGCUUAUUAUUUGUUUAGGUUGUUAAGGCUGAUAUGUGUAAUAAUAAUAAUAGGGCAGGAGGUUGAAAAACCUACACUAUAGGAAUAAAUUAUACUGGAUACUUCAAACUUGAGUGAAUGACUCAAUGUAUAGAAAUCCCUGACGAACAUAAACCUAUCUAUCUUCGAAUAUCGACAAAUAAUGAAUGUUACCUGUCUUUGAAACAUUGUUAUUUAAUUUGAAUGAAUCAUGUCUUGUUGACAAAGACGUUGCGGCAAUUGAGUCCACAGUGCCAUGUAAAGAACAAAACAGAAAAUGUGAACUGAAAGAUGAUGCAUUCAAUGUAAAAGGUUGAGUAAAGGGUCAUGCUUUUAAACAGCAGGGAGUCACUGAAAUGCUGUAUAUAUAGGAUGUGUAUGUAUAUUGUUGUAACAUGUUUUUUGGUUAGCAAAGGAAAUAGUUUUUUUUUUACUGUCUCCCAUGUUUUACAUCUGAUUAAACAAACAUCAACUUCCAAAA